AUGACUGACCUGACUUGUCCCUCCAACACUGCGGAUUUGGAUGAAGCGGACUUCGAGUUUUCACAGGAGGGAAACUGGAUAUACCGCAAUGCGAGAAAACCAGCGGUAUACGACGAGGCCUGCUUGCGCGUGCGUCCCACGACACGAGAUAUCAAUAAGAGAUUCCACGCUAUACUGCCAUACUUUGACAAGGAUCAUUCCAACACAGAGUUUUUGCACAAGUUCAGAGCGACAGUGCACGGCAUGUCCGAGGGUGAGGACUUGCUAGACAGAGAGACGGCCUUCUACGCGGCCGUGCUGACUCCAAUAGUGUUCCAGCAGAACUAUAAAGACACAUGGUGUCUUUUAGAUAGGUUUCACCGUGCGCUCCGGUUGUAUCAAAUAUCGCAUACGACUGAAAAGCUUUCAUCGCUGAAAUUGCUUCAAAAUUUCAGAGCGGUUAAUCAAAAGGUUCAAACGUUCGUAUCAGGCCUACCCGGUUAUACGUCUAUGCGACCACGGACUACGGUUUUCCCAGAACUAGAUGAAGCGGAAAUUCACGACAAAAGGGAUAUUCGCUACGUUCCCACAGAAUUGGUAAAGAACCGUAAUAAACGCGGACGAAGAAUGCAGGCAACAGCCUCUAAAUAUAGAUAUAAUUUAAUAUUCUACUCAAAAGUAAGCAAAAAUAAAGCGCUUUCCCAUAACCCAUAUUAG